GCGAGGGCAGGGGCUCCGCAUCCCUAGGUCCCCCGCACAUGGACGCGCACGUAGCUUUCUCGGGUUUCCCGGCCCUGCCCUCGGUCCCGCCGUCGGGGCCGCAGCCGUCGCCGCUAGCCGGAGCCGAGCCGGGGCGCGAGCCUGAGGAGGUGGCGAGCGGCGGGGACGUGGAGCCCACGGCCGCGCCGGGCCCGGGGAGGAGGCGCCGGCGGCCGCUGCAGCGCGGGAAGCCGCCCUACUCGUACAUCGCGCUCAUCGCCAUGGCCCUGGCGCACGCUCCGGGCCGCCGCCUCACGUUGGCCGCCAUCUACCGCUUCAUCACCGAGCGCUUCGCCUUCUACCGCGACAGCCCGCGCAAGUGGCAGAACAGCAUCCGCCACAACCUCACCCUCAACGACUGCUUCGUCAAAGUGCCGCGCGAGCCGGGCAACCCGGGCAAGGGCAACUACUGGACGCUCGACCCCGCGGCCGCCGACAUGUUCGACAACGGCAGCUUCCUGCGGCGCCGCAAGCGCUUCAAGCGCGCCGAGCUGCCCGCGCCGCCUCCGCCGCCCUUCCCCUACGCGCCCUUCCCGCCCGCGCCCGCGCCGCCCGCGCGCCUCUUCCGCCUGGACAGCCUGCUGGGUCUCCAGCCGGAGCCACCGGGGCCCGCGGCGUCCGAGCCGCCCUGCUGCGCCGUGCCCGACGCCUCCUUCCCGCCCUGCGCCGCCGCCUCGCCGCCGCUCUACUCCGCCGCGCCCGAGCGCCUGGGGCUGCCCGCGCCGCUGCCCGCCGAGCCUCUCCUGGCCUUGGCUGGACCGGCCGGCUCGCUCGGGCCGCUCAGCCCCGGGGAGGCCUACCUGAGACAGCCGGGCUUCGCGCCGGGCCUGGAGCGCUACCUGUGAGCCGCUCUCCGCUGAGAGAGCACCUGGCCGAGCCUCCAGCCCUCACCCGAGCAGAGCGCGCCUGUCUCUGGGGCCCACACGCAGCGUAGCACUCUUUGCUGAGUCCCCUAGCCUUGCCUCGGGCUAAACCUUCCUUGCCUUCCCCCAUCCCUGGGGAGACUCAGACCAUCUCACCACCGGACUGAAGCGCCCUCUCCAAUAUGAGGCCUUCGCCCCUCCCUCUCUUUGUAUGCCCCAUCUAUGCACCCCCACAGUGCCAAGUCUCACGCCCUGGAGCUGGACGGUCACCAGUGGGGUCUCUAGCUCCAAGAGUCCUCGUGAGUUCCAGUCUGGAAGUUUUUGUCUCAAGCCACCUCCUCGACCUCUGAGGUCAGACUCCCGUGUUCAUUACUUCCACUUCAUUUACCGACAAGUUGGACAAGUGUGUCCCCUACCCUGGCUUUACCUGUUUGCCCUUGGUUUCUUACUGAGCAUCCUCCCACACAGACACACCUCGCUGCUCUCUGUUCCAGGUUCUGAGAACUUCUCUAAGUUGCAGCCCCAGGGUCUCCCGACUGAACGGGGUUAUGGGGCCUUUGUGGCUGCCCCACCCCAAUGGAAAGCACAGAACUUACCAGGUUAAUGCUAUUUUCCAACCAAAGCUAGUUGAAUUAAAAACAAAGAAAACUG